GUCGCGUCGCCGUGAUCCAGUCGGAUGCCCCAUACUCUCGCGAUCUUGGUUGCCUAAGAGCGUGCCCUUCAAUAUCUUGUGCAGUUUCCAAACGAGAAAGAAAAAAAAACGCUGAUUCCACCUUCAGUCAAUCGUACCUGCAUUAUCUAAUCGGAUGCUUGGGUGCUCUCACCGGUCAUCAUCUUUUCUCCUGGGUGGAGUUUCUUGUUUGGCACGGCGACCUCGGAAGUUUUUUUACUCGUGUUUUGUGUUAUUAUCUCGUGAUGGUUGAUUUCGCCUCAAUCAAAACCGGGCGCAACGAAUCGAAAUAUGUGUGUCAGACGAGAAUUUCCACGCUGCAGAGCUACAUCAAUGGAUCGUUAACCGUUAGAACUGCUAGAGGCGUCAUUUGAAUGUGUUUUACUAACAGCACGUGGACCAUACAAGUUGUGACCUUUUGAAAAGUUAGUGUGGAACAUACAACUCGUCUCGCGUAACAACGAAAACAGUGACAGGCUAAUCCAAUCCAAAAUGUUUACCGAAUGUGAAUGUCGAGAAGGUCAAUGUUAUUUGUGUACGUUGCGUGUGUCUACUGAAGAAAUUCCUGUUUAUGCAAAACAGCUCACAAUUCGGUGUUAACUUCGGAGAUUGACAACUGAUGCUGGUCGCGAUUCGACGUUGACCAAUAUUUUUUUAAGAAAGUAUCAAUUUGAUGCGAUUGGAGAUCAUCCAUGAUCCAGACUCAAGUCUACAUUGGCAUUUGCACUAGCUCCACGAGCCACAUUAUAGGAGAUUAUUUAAUCCAGCAACGUCAUUCCAAAGGCCACCAAGACAUCGUCUGCGCGCUGUGGCCGUUUUCUAUUAUCAGCCAACAGCCACAACAUACGUACGUAUACGCAGCCGAGAGGAGAAAGUGGCGCGCUCCGUUUUCAAGACCCGACCGACCCGAAGUCAGAGUGCGCAAUUAUAGAACUGCAAUAAUCGUAAAAUGUCGUGCUUUUGCUGUUCUUGCGGUGGCAGCAGUAGUGCGACAAGUGGUGAGAAUGGUUCUCGCUAUCCGUACGGCCCGGACGGAGGGAAUGUAACAGAGAAACACUACGGGUGUUACAAGGUUGGCAUCCUGUUCUCAAUAGUCAUAAUUCUACUGCUGCUGGUGGGAUGUGUGCCCGUCUUCUUCCUCACUCACAACAAUAACCUGAUUCUGCUGAUCCUGCUGGUAACGCUGAUCCUAAUAGGCAUCGUUACGUAUGCCUAUUUCCGUUGGCAGCACCGGAGAGCACUGCAAAUGCGACGUAGCUAUGAGGAACAGAAGAUGAAUCUGACGCGGGCUGUUAAGGGAGCCGAUCCGAAAGGACCCAAACAGCAAACAAUUCCCAACUCAAUCAAUGGAAAAAUAGAAGUCAAUAAUGAAAAAAGUACGGGACCUGAACAGCCACGUUACUCAUUUAUUUAAUUCAUAAACUAUUACUAAUGUAUAAUAGACAGACUUAUAUUUUUGAGGAUUUGCUCGAAUCAGUUAUAUAGUUAUACGUAUUUCACAACAACCUA